CAGGCUCCCUCCCUCUCUCUCUCUCUCUCUCAUGGCUCUCGCCACAUCGAAGCAACGACGCCCUCCCACCUCAUCUUCACCUUCUACGGAGAGCUACACCAAGGAGGACAAACCAGAGAAGAAAUUGGACGGUGGAGAGAAGACGGAUGACGGAUCCAUGAGCUGGAAGCUCCCAUUCUUCGCACUGGUAACCCUCCGAUACAUGAGCGCGACAUCCAACAUCAUACACAACUGCGACGAGGUCUUCAAUUACUGGGAGCCACUACAUUUUCUCCUCUUCAAAUCCGGAUUCCAGACCUGGGAAUACAGGGCUGGAUUCUACCAGUGGGAAAACCACAGCUCUCUGUCUGGAGUUAAUAAAGGUACGAGUGGUGGCUUGGCCAUUUCUUUCAGUGGUUGUGAUGGCAAUCAAACUUCUGCAGAUACAUCAGUAAGUGGUUGUUUCUUCUGACUCCCCUCUUAAUGAAUUCAGCAAAUGCAUGCAUUUGUUCAUAAGAGAUAAAUGUGUAUACAAAACCAGCAAA